AUGAAGAGAGGAAGUACUUUGAAAGAGAGGAAGCAUCUUGAUGAAGAGAGGAAGUACUUUGAAGAAGAGAGGAAGCAUCUUGAUGAAGAGAGGAAGCAUCUUGAUGAAGAGAGGAAGCACCUUGCUCAAGAGAGGAAGCAUCUUGAUGAAGAGAGGAAGCAUCUUGAUGAAGAGAGGAAGCACCUUGAUGAAGAGAGGAAGUACUAA